AUGGAAAAUUACAAUUUUUUCUUAACUGGAAGACGUGUUCUGAAAGAACUCCUGGAUAAUCAGGAACUAGUCAACGGGACUGUUCAGACUGAGGAUGGGGGAAGCUUCAAUGUCCACAUAGACUUCCUUGCUGCAACAAGCCAAUACAUCAGAAGAAGUCUGACGCAACAAGAAAAAAACGAACCACCCUACUCGGUGCUUGUGCCUGGAGUGUCCAAGGACACCAUGGCCAACAUUAUCAAUUUCAUGUACACAGGAAAACUGCAUGUGACUAUAGGUAAAGUGAGUGAAUUAGUGCGGACUCUUGAAAUGCUGAGGCUUCCUGAUGCGGUUGGAUUGUGCGAGAAAUUCCUCCAGUUCAACAUCACCGAAGACAGAUGCAUUAUGGUUUACACCUUUGCGAAGUUCCACCGUUUGGCUGACUUGAAGGAAAAAGCUAAGCAUUACAUUCUGACUCAUUUUCAGACGAUCUUUCCAACAUCAAAGGACUAUCUGGACUUGCCUGCCGAUGACGUGCUGGCAAUGCUGAGUUCUGAUUCGCUGAACGUGAAAAGUGAAGAAUAUGUUUUUUGGGCUGUUAUGAGAUGGGUGGAGCACGCCGUGCAAGAGAGAUUAUCGCACCUGCCCAGUUUGAUAAGAUGCAUUCGCCUUGGGCUGUGCAAUUUCGGAUUUUACGAGCGAAACAUACAGUCCCAUCCUUUUUUAGUCAUGAACGAUGACUGUCUACAGAUCCUCAUACAGACAUCACAGUUGUUUCUGGACAUGAAAAACGGAGACCCCCGGCAGCCCAUGGUGGACCUGCACCACCCCUUUCUGCGCCCCCGCAUCCCCUACGAGAUCAUCUUCGUGAUGGGGGGCUGGAGCGCCGGCAGCGCCACCAACGUCGUGGAGACGUACGACGUGAAAUGCGGACGCUGGUUCAUCUCGUUGACAGCCGACACGUCACCAAGGGCUUACCACGGCAUGGUGUGGCACCAGGGCUCCCUCUACGUGAUUGGCGGGUUCGACGGCAACCAAUGCUUCAACAGCGUCAUGGCGUUCAACCCCGCUACCCGCCUAUGGAGAGAAGUGGGCUGCAUGGCUGAGCAGCGCUGCUACGUCAGCGUAGCCUGCCUGGGCGACUAUGUAUACGCCAUGGGGGGCUACGACGGGCACCGGCGCAACAGCUCCGUGGAGCGAUACCUCCCCGAGACGAACCAGUGGAGCUUCGUGGCUCCCAUGAACCACGUGAGGAGCGAUGCCAGUGCUGACACGCUGGACGGUAAAAUCUACAUUGCUGGUGGAUUCAAUGGCUCGCAAGUUUUGGACAGUGUGGAGUUCUACGAUCCAGAAAGUAACCAAUGGACGUUGCUCCCUGUCAUGAGCUCUCCUCGAAGUGGCGUCAAAGUGGCGUCGUACAACGAUUUUCUUUUCGUUAUUGGAGGAUUCAACGGGAAUAACAGGCUAUCCACAGUUGAGAAAUACGACCCGAAGAGACGAAUCUGGAUGACUGUGCCAUCGAUGCGUGGGCCCAGAAGUAACUUCGCCGCAGCAGUGGUAGACGGAUGUUUGUACGCCAUUGGAGGCUUUAACGAAUGCUUCGACCAUCAGAAAAACAUCUGGACACCUGUCACUGACCUGAAUUUGAACCGCAGUGCUCUUGCCUGUUGCGUUGUCUACGACAUUCCAAAUGCUGUUGAAUACUCAUUUAUAGCAAAGGCAUGGGCUUUUUCCAUGGCACGGUUGAGUCUGAGCUCACUCUCUCCGACAUCCGAGCCGGAGCUCCAGACAAUGAUAUCAUCAGCAAAAAUUCCGAUUUCACAGUGUUUAGCUAAUUCUUUUUCAAUGCCAGUAAUGUACAGAGAAAACAGGACGGGACUCAACACUGAUCCCUGA